AUGAAAAAAGAAGGUCUUCGUGACGUUACUGAGAUCUUAACCUUGGAAGAAGUUCAUUUAAUUGUUAAAAGAUGUGCUGAUGAAAUACGAGAAAGAGUUGGUGACAAUGCUGAUGAGGUCAGGUACCUUAUCAAAUGUAUGCUAAGAGAAUAUCGUAUCCAAUUUGAGGAGGAGCUCAAAAAACGAAAUAUUCGUGAAAUUUCUUCAGCUAUGAAGUGGGCCCUUAGGCAUUGUGCCUCCCCACUUGUUCCUUAUUCUAAUUAUGAAGAAUUUGUUAGAUAUGAACAAGAAUGGGAUUAUGAUCCACAAAAAGGCUCAUUUAACCAAUUCCUUCUUUACCUUCCUAAACAAAAUCAAGAAAUUCUUAUUGAUCUGUUUGAACUCUGUUCUCAAGUUACUGCUGAAUCUCAUAUUAAUAAUAUGUCUGCCCAAAAAAUUGUAAAAUCUUUGGCUCUUUGUAUAUUAGGCGAAUCUACAAGAAGUUUAAGAAAUUUUGACUCGGCUUAUUUAGAAUGGUCAAAAUGUUCUGAUGCUUGUCUACACCUUUUCCUUGCCUAUUUACGUGAAUUACAAUUCGUUUCUCCAAAUCCUCGUUUAUCAAAAUUAUUGGAUAAUUAUGUAGAAUAUCGUAAAACUUCUAAUGCUACUAUUGAAGCUAUUUCUCAAAAUAAUUCGGAUUUAAAACUUUCUCAGCGAGUAAAUAGAAUGACUACUAUCAUAGAAGAAGAUGAUGAAUCUUAUCGUCCUGUUAGUAUGUUAAGAGUUACUAGACAAAUUCCUACUACUAUUCAAAAAUCUGAAUCAAGAACUUCCAUGAAUUUUCUACCUGAAGUUUUGGAUGGUUUAAAACGUCAAACUAUUGUUCGUCCUGAUGAAACUAUGUCCACUGACGAGAUUCGCACUGUCAAACAAAUGUGGGAACAAUUCCAAAAUCAUGGCAUCGGUGCUUUAUCUGAUGAUUUUUUAAAAUUAUACUUUUUACUUGAAAAAGCUAACGCUUUAAAAAAUUUAAAAGACCCUCAAGUUAAAUUUGUUAGAAAAGGACAUAAAAGUUUCUGUUUGAAUUUACCUCCAAUUCUUACUAAUAAUAUUUCUACUUCUCGUAAACAAAUUGAAUUCACUGGUGGAAAUGAUGAUUCUAUUAAAAAAAAUUUAUCUAGAAAAAAUUCAAGAAAAAAAUCUCGUAAAAAUAGUUUAAAAGGAAAGAAGAAAUCGGCUAAAUUUCAAUCUUCGAAAAGAAAACGUACGUCUCUUUCUUCUGAUUCUGAUCAAUCUAAAGAAAAUGAAGUUGAAAAUUUAGAAGAUUGGAACUUAAUUGAUCAAUCGAAAGACUUACCUAUAACCACCCAUUUAAGCAUUGAAACAAUUGAUGAUAUAUUUCCUUAUGUUUGGAUAGAAACAACUGCUGUUGAUCAAGGUGAUCGAUGGGGUGAAUGGGUCUUUAUUGAACCAAGAAAAGGGCUAGUUCAUGAAUGUGAAUGGGUUAUGAUCGAAGAAAAAUCUCUAAUAUCUACCAAUGCAAAAACUCCUAUAAGUGGGAAAAGGAGAACAUUAAACAUUCCAUGGACGACUAAAGGGAAAGAAAAAUCAAGACUUUCAAGUCCAAUCAAUGACAUUGGAUCACCUACAUCAUCCAAUUCAUUCGCUUCAUCCAGUUCUCCCAGUUCGUUUGCAUCAUCCAGUUCUCCCAGUUCAUUUGCACCAUCUAGUCCUCCCAUUUCAUUUGCACCACCCAGUUCUCCCAGUUCAUUUUCAUCAUCCAGUUUGCCCAGUUCACCCAUUGUAAUUUCAAAUCGAGCUAGGGCAGAUGAUAACAUAGAUAUGUUUAUUUACCAAUUUGAAAAUAUAAUGAAUGAAAAUGUGAUGAGAAACACGGCAAAAGGAAAAAAAAUCGUUCCAGAUAAUCAAGGUCAUAGUUAUGAUUAUUUUGGAAACAAUUAUGUUGAAAAUAAAGACAAGUUACCAAUACAACCUACAAAAAAAGGCAAGAACUCUGUAAAGAAAAAUUCUAAAAGUAAAGAUAAAAUUGUUAAAAAACAACGAAUUAUGCAAACUGGUGUAUAA